ACUAAUUCUUAUGCUUCUCAGUAAAUAUUAAUAUUCUGAAAUUUCUACAACUGAGUACAAUUUCUCGAAGAACAAAAGAGCAAAAAAUAUUUCUACAAUAUUGAAACAUGUUGGUGUACCAAUUGUUCCAAAUGAUCAAUGUACAAUGAAUUAUGCCACAUUACGUAAUGGACCAAAUCCUAUUGAUGUUACGAUAGAAAGUAAUGUAAUUUGUGCAGGACAUGCAGAAGGUGGUAGAGAUGCAUGUCGGUUUGAUUCUGGAGGUCCAUUAAUGUGUCAAAUCAAUAAACAAUGGAUUGUCAGUGGAAUAAUUUAUUUUGGUUACGGAUGCGGUAAAGCAGGUUAUCCUGGAGUAUAUACACGUGUAUCAGAUUAUGUUCCAUGGAUUAAAGGCAUAGCUGAAGUGUUCACUUUUUGAAAAUUACAAUCUUUACUGAGUUAUACAUAGAAAAACUAGUUAACAAAAGUUAUUAUUUCCUUUGAUUUGAACAACAAAUUCACAACAAAAAUAGAUUCAGAGAAAAUAAACUUAUUUU